CCCGCCGCCCUGGAGUUCCCCAGCUCUGUCCUCCGCACCCUGCUCGCCGGCCGGCCGCGCUCACUCCUCGCCACCAUGACCCUCUGCCUGGCCCUGCUGCUGCUGCCGGGGGUCCUGGCCCCCGCCGUGCUCACAGCCGAGGGGCCGCAGGAGCCGGUGCCCACGCUGUGGAACGAGCCCAUGGAGCUGCCUUCGGGAGAAGGCCCGGCCGAGAGCACUAGCUACGCCCGUGAGCCCGAGCCCACCGCUGUCGCGGCCCCCAGCGCUACACUGGCCCCUGAGGACCACGACAGCACUGGGCACGUGGACCCUGGUGCAGGCUCCCUGGGCCCCGGCGCCAUCGCAGCCAUCGUCAUCGCCGCCCUGCUGGCCACCUGCGUGGUCCUGGCGCUCGUCGUGGUCGCGCUGAGAAAGUUUUCCGCCUCCUGA